GCCAGUGCGGGAUCCCAGCGGAAACCAGAGGUGGGAGGGCUCUUCCUGCCCGGGGGAGGCUUCCCAGGAGUGUGAGGGAUUUACAAUCGCCUCCUCUCGCUCCCUGUCCUCUGCAGAGCUGCUCUGAAGGCCAUGUGCAGUGGCAGGCUGCAGACAGCUUUGCUGGUGGCUGGCUAUUUUGUCUACCUGCUGGUGGGUGCUGCCGUGUUCCAGGCCCUGGAGAGGACUGCUGAGAAACAAGAGAAAAUGGCAGCUGCCCAGAUGAAGGAGGCUUUUCUGCAGAACUUCACACAGCUCACGGUGGCUGAGAUGGAGCAGUUCAUGAAGAACCUGAUUGAAGCCAUUCAAAAUGGAGUAUACCCUGUUGGGAAUGAAUCACAGUUUGAAGAGAGCAACUGGGAUUUCAGCAACUCCUUCUUCUUUGCAGGCACAGUUGUCUCCACAAUAGGCUAUGGCACAUUACAUCCUAAAACUGCUGGGGGACAGAUCUUUUGUGUGUUUUUUGCUCUUUUUGGAAUCCCUCUGAACAUUGUUUUUCUGCACCGUGUUGGUAAGAUGCUCUCACUGCUCUGUAAAAAGCUGGGGAAGUUCCUGUACGAGAAAGGAAUGAGAAAGAAGAAGAUCAAAUUUCUGACCCUUUUGUUCUUCCUGGCGACGGGGAUCCUGGUUUUUCUGUUCUUGCCAUCAGUCUUCUUCCAGAUAACAGAGGGCUGGUCCUACAGUGAAGGAAUUUACUUUGCAUUUAUCACCCUCAGCACCAUUGGCUUCGGAGAUUAUGUAGUAGGCAAACAGUCUGACAGGAAAUACUUUUCCUACUAUCGAGUGCUUGUGGCCAUUUGGAUUCUUUUUGGCCUUGCCUGGAUUGCUCUGCUGUUUAAUUUAUUGACAACAGUACUAGAAGAUACUGAAAAAAUAAUUGUCAAGGAUCUCCAGCAAAUUGGAAAGUACACAUUCCUGUGUCCCAUCCAGCUGAUGAGCUGAGAAAUGGAGCAAUCAGCCCGGUAUAAAGGAUCUGAGAGCAUAGGCACAGGUGUUCCCAGAGAAAGAAGACAAUGUGCCCUCAAGUCUGUGUAGUAAGGGUUUGGAUCCAAGCCACUGAAGACCAGCAUGCGAGGCCUAAUCCCGUAAAAACAGUCAGUGUUUGGAUGGGAAACAUGUCACUGAGUUGGAGCCAGGUGGGUGCAGACUUCCGUGGGAGGAUGAGUCAAGAGAGCUCUGGCAUCAUCUGCAAAAGGACCUGAUGCUGUGGGAGAGAGCUUAGCAAGUGUAAAAAACCACGAGGAUGCAGGGAUGGUCCAAAGAAAAGCCCACAAUUUCCCUGGUUGUCCUUGGAGCAUUCUGGAGAUCAUUGCAAGACCAGGCACUUGAAAUGAGCUGUUUCCCUUCUACCUCUGAGCCGUGAGACAGGGAUGGUCUGUUCCUCACACAGCUCCUCUGGAGAAACUCCAGCCUUGAGCACAGAACUGACAGCUGGCAAGAUGCCAUUGGCUUUGCCAAAUCUGACCACAGCUGGUCUCUGAUGCAAUAAAAUGUUGAAUCACCAGAAUCUGAGAAUGUGAUUGUCUGGAGGGUCACCAAGAAAAAUAAACAAAGACUUGCUGGCAACUUGCAAUGCAUUUGCCAGUUCCAGGCUCCGUGGAAACCUGACCUGUCAAAUUCCCUCCAAACAGGUCUCAGAUGCUUGAAUUUGCCAGUGGGGAAAAGUAUUUCUGAUAAAGCUCCCCAACUUAAGCUUGCAAAGAAACCUCAAGAGGUUUAAGGAAUAUGGGAUUGUCUCACAAAAUUCCCAUGUUGCAACCCACUCACCAAAAACCAAGAGCAAAUGUGUGACAGAAAGGAUGCAUUGGGAUACUGGGAGUAGCUCAGCUCAGCAUCCAUGAUGGUUCAUGAGUGACCCAUCAGCUCUGCCAGCCACUGGACUGGGUUUUUUCUGCUUCCCCUUCAUCUGCCAGCUCAGCAAGACAUCUCCACAGGGAUCCACACAUAUCCUGAGACACCUUCAAACAGGCUUCCCUGUCACUGUAGCCCAACACAGUUUCCCUGAAGUACAGUUUCACAGCCCCAACAGUUUCCCUAAAGUACAGGAGAACCUGAAGGCCUUCAGUCAGAUCAGCUUCACUGGUUGCCCAGAAAAAAGCUGUGGCUGCCCCAUCCUUGGAAGAGCUGGAUGGGGCUUGGAGCAGCCUGGUGUCAUGGAAGGUGUCCCUGCCCAUGGAACUGGCAGGGGAUGGAACAGGGUGAUCUGUAAGGUCCCUUCCAACCCCAGCUAUUCAGUGCUUUCUAUGGUUAUUAUGAUUUCACUAGUUUUACACCCAGUCAAGACCUGCCACAGUGAAAAGCCCCUUCAUUCCCACUCUAGUUGUCCUUAGGGUCACAUUUUGUGGUGCUAGCACCAUCGAGACCUGGAUCUGUUUGGAUCUGUCCUCCAUCUGUCCUGCAUCCUUAUCUCAUCUGUUUUCAAGGAGCUCAGCAGAAAUUUAUGGAUCAAAGCUAAUCGAUAAUACCAGAGCCCUUUCACCAUAUUGCUUUCACUACAUUACUGCAUCCUUUAAAAACAGAAAUCUUAGCAGACCGCAGUACAAUGCCAGACAGACUGUCACUUCCAAAUUAUGUUUAUUUAUUCUCCCUCUGCCUCUUGGCUGGCCCCAUUACCAGCAUAUCUCAGUGUCUCUCAGCCAUCAGCAUAUUUGCCUCCCCUCCCUUCCCCCUACCCCGAGGUACAUCUCCUCUCAAGUACAAAGUGGACUGACACGGCAAGUUUUUGAGCCUAUUUAACACCAGCUUUAUCUGAGGAGAACUAGAUUCAGUGACAUAGCCUCAGAAUUAAUUACACGAAGGUGAAUUCCCGUCACAGAGCCUGGCACAGUGUCACUGCAAACAUUUUAACAGCCAGUCCCUGGCCCUCGACUGCCUUUGUGCAGUGUAAAGCAAUUAUUUGUACCUGCUUGGUGAAACGUGUCAGCCCCUUCAGAGGUGCUGCCACACAGCAAACACGCUUCAACCCUUGUUAUUCACCAGGAAAAGAAGGGUGUGUGGUGGAUCUUGGCUCUGCACAAAGCCACUGGUGCUCAAGCUCAAGCUCUUCAGGGAUCUGAAUGCAGCAGUUUGUGUAUUAUCUACACAGAGAAUACCUUGCAGAUGAGGCCCAGUGAUGUUUCCAAAAGCAGAAAUGGGACUUGAGGCCAAGGAAAAAAACUGUGAAUCUCAAACAAGCACGUCUUUGCUGAGCCCCACCAGCAGGGAGGAAUGGAAGACUGAACCCCCUCUUUCAUCUCCCUUUUGUCAAGUAUUUUCAGUCCUUUUCUCUCCCUUUUCACCUCCUGCAUCCCAAGGGUACCCCUGGUACCCCUCACCCCAGGUCCAACUGCUUCCCCUUGCUUCAGCUGUUACAGCUGACACAUUCCUACCACAUUCCU